AGAAAAAAAAGCAUAACAUUUUCCCUAUAAAUAUGCAUGCCUGCAUGGUAAUCUUCCCCAUAUUCUCAUCAAAGUUUCUGUGUUUGUUUUUCUUUUCUUUUGGCGCAAAUUUUCCCUAUCGUUCACGAAUUCUUUUUGUGGUGUUGUUUUUGCAAGCAUGCGUGCUGGUGUUUUGCAAACAAACAUAGUCCCAAGCAGACGGGAGCUUGGUUCACAAAUACAAAAAUGGCGUCCUGCUUUUGUUGCCAUCUAUUGUUCGAGAGCCCUGUUGUCUCUUUACCAACAUUCAGGAGAAAGGGGCUUCAGUGGAAUCGAUCGAACAAGACUUGUUCAGCUUGUGAGGGAGAAGAAUCUCGAUGAGCUUCAGAAAUUGGGAGGUGUUGAUGGAGUAGCAUUGGCCCUCAAAACUAGUACUGAGCAUGGGAUUUACUCCUCCUCCACUGAUGGCCGAUGCAAAGCUUUCGGUUCAAACACUUACAAGAAACCUCCUACAAAAGGGUUUUUGUAUUUUGCAUGGGAAGCUUUCCAAGAUAGAUCCAGGAUCAUCGUUUUGGUCUGCGGUGCACUUGCUCUUGGUUUGGGAAUGAUAGUCUAUGGAGCUCAAGACGGUUGGCAAGAUGGUUUAAGCAUAUUAUUCUCCCUUUUUCUUUCCAUCAUCGUCGAUGCAAUAUUUAACUACGAAUUAAACCGACGGUUUGAUAAGAUGUCCAAAGUCAGCAACAGUCUCUAUGUCGAUGCUAUGAGAGACGGAAGAAGGAAAGAGAUUUCUGUUUUCGAAACCUUAGUGGGAGAUGUGAUUCAUUUAAACACUGGAGACCAAGUUCCAGCAGAUGGAUUGUUCUUGGAAGAGAAUUGUUUUCUGCAAGUGGAUGAAUCAAGCAUAACAGGGGAGAGUGACCAUAUAGAAGUUAACCAUGACCAAAAUCCCUUCUUGUUCUCUGGUACUAAUGUGGUCGUUGGCAAUGGUCGAAUGCUCGUCACUUCGGUCGGAAUGAACACGAAUUGGGGACGAAUGCUAAGUAAACUUAACCGCGAAUCGCGAGAGAAAACCCCAUUACAAAAUCGGCUAGACAGGCUGACCUCUUCGAUAUGUACGAUUGGUAUGGCAGCAGACGCAUUAGUUGUUGCUCUGUUGUUAAUUGGAUACUUCACCGGGAAAACCCAAAUCAUAGAUGAGAAUGGAAACCAGGCCAGAGGGUUGGAUUUUGUACUGCAGAUUUUGGAAAUUGCAGUUACCAUUUUUGUGGCUGCUCUUCCAGAGGGUUUGCCAUUGGCUGUUACGCUAACUCUCGUUUAUCCAUUGAAAGGGUUGAUGGCCCAAAAGGCAAUGGUGAGGAAGCUCUCCGCUUGUGAAACCAUGGGCUCUGCCACCACCAUUUGCACGGACAAAACGGGCACUCUCACCAUGAAUCAGAUGAAAGUGACCAAAUUCUGGCUCGGCAAAGACAUGUCUGUGGAAGAAGUUGAUUGCUGUGAUUCCAUUGCUCCAGCUGUCAUAGAAUUGCUUCGAGAAGGCAUUGCUGUGAAUACCACUGCAAGUAUAAACAGGACGACUGGUUCAGAGUAUGAAAUCAAAGGUAGUCCUACAGAGAAAGCAAUUCUUUCCUGGGCAAUUGAGAGCAUGAAUUUGAAUAUGGAGGAAGUGAAAAUGAGAUGUUCGGUUCUUCACCAUGAGAUGUUCAAUUCUGAGAAGAAACGAAGCGGGGUUUUGAUGAAGAGGAAGAUCGCAGACGACGAUGGUACAGACCAUGUCCAUUGGAAAGGAGCUGCAGAGAAGGUUUUGUCUAUGUGUUGUUGCUACCGCGAUGCUUAUGGUGUAAUCAAAGUCAUGGAUUAUAAUCAGAAGGUGCAGUUCCAGAAAAUCAUUGAAGGUAUGGCUGCGAGCAGCCUCCGUUGCAUAGCUUUUGCACACAGCCAAGUUCCAGCAGAGGAUUCUGAUAUUGAGCAUAAAAUGAUAAAAGAAGAUGGUUUAGUCCUGUUAGGACUAGUUGGAAUUAAAGAUCCAUGUCGUCCAGGAGUCAAGAAAGCCGUUGAAGAUUGCCAAAACGCCGGAGUUAAUGUGAAGAUGAUCACCGGAGACAAUAUUUUCACAGCAAAAGCCAUAGCCACAGAGUGUGGAAUACUUCGCCCUGAAGACGAGAACAGGGAAGGAGCAGUGAUUGAAGGUGAGGAGUUCCGAAACUACACUCCGGAAGAAAGAACGGAGAAAGUUGAGAAAAUCUGUGUGAUGGCCAGAUCAUCUCCAUCUGAUAAACUCCUCAUGGUUGAAUGCCUUAAAGAGAAAGGCCACGUUGUCGCCAUCACCGGAGAUGGCACGAACGAUGCGCCGGCAUUGAAAGAAGCCGAUAUUGGACUCUGCAUGGGGAUCCAAGGCACUGAAGCUGCAAAGGAAAGCUCAGAUAUCAUCAUCUUGGAUGACAAUUUCUCGUCGGUAGUCACAGUUCUUAAAUGGGGUCGAGGCGUUUACAACAACGUACAGAAAUUCAUUCAGUUUCAGCUCACCGUCAACAUUUCCCUUUUGGUUUUCAGCUUCAUCGCAGUCGUUUCUGGUGGAUGCACGCCAUUCACAACAGUCCAGGUAUUAUGGUUGAACUUGAUAAUGGAGACACUUGGUGCGCUGGCUCUAGCCACUGGGGAUCCCACCAAAGAGCUUAUGAACAAAAUUCCGGUGGAACGGACCGACCCUUUUAUAAUUAACAUCAUGUGGAGGAACAUCUUACCUCAAGCUGCGUAUCAGAUUUGUCUAGUUCUGGCAUUCGUUUUCAAAGGUGAAUCAAUCUUUCAUGCAGACAAUGUGUUAAACACCACUUUGGUUUUCAACACUUUUGUACUCUACCAAGUUUUCAAUGAAUUCAAUGCAAGGAAGAUGGAGAAGAAGAAUGUGUUCGAAGGGGUUCACAGGAACAAAAUUUUUGUGGGAAUCAUUGCCAUAACCAUUGUUCUUCAGGUGGUUGUGGUGGAAUUUCUGAAUAACUUUGCAUCCACAGAAAGGUUGAGCUUGCAGCAAUGGGGGAUAUGUAUUGGAAUUGCUUCCAUGACUUGGCCUAUUGGUUGGGUUGUGAAGUGCCUUCCUGUUCCAGAGAAGCCAUUUUUAAGCCAUCUGAUAACAGAAAAGAUCGUCACAUUAAUGAAAAGAAUAAGAAUUGAGUCAAUUAAGUGUUUAGCUUUUGUAAAACAUUGAUUUAGUCAACGGAGUUUGCUUUUCUUGUUCCACUUUAUUUGACCAUUUGUUUUAUGUAUACUGGGAAAAAAUUUGCUAAUGAUUAUACAAAUAAACUAAUGUCUUUUCAUAGUUUCUA